UCAUAAUCAUAAUAAAAUCAUAAUCGUGAUUUGAUAUUUCCGUCUGCCAGAAGGCCCAAAAUUUUCUAGUAUUUAUUAUAAUUAUUGUAAUUCUAGUGUCCAAUUCUCUUAUUUAUUAUGUAAAUUAGUAUUUAGAGUAAAAUAAUCUAAACAAAUUUCUAUCUAUCCAAGUGCCUUGAUGCAUGAAUGGUUUUACCAUACCGUAUUCACAAACCUGGAAGCGGUGCAUUGUAGUAAAAGUUUUUUCAAUCUCAUAUUUUUGAAAAAUAUCUUAUUUUGUAGUUUUAAAGGUUUAACAUGAAUAUACUCAAUCGUCUAUGGAUUGCACUCUGAUAUUGUGACAUGUUCAAAUGCUUGUUCAUAGGGAUAGGAGGCCUAGGAUAAUCUGUUCAAAACUAACCUCAUAACAUUUUGAUAUAUAGCAGAUUAUCGUCUGCUAGCUCGUCUAUGUGAAAAGGUAGACGACGACGAGGACGAAUGCUUAUGAAAAUUAUAAAUAUAUUUUCUACCUGCCCUGGUUGACAUAAAAAUAAGGUCUGGAUCCGUCCAGCCAUUCUCAGAGACAACAUCAACUGCAGAUGUUUGGAUGUGGCGAUAACAACAUCUCCCACAUUCUAGAGAAUAACUGGCGGCUAAACGCGUUUGGCUUUCUUUAAUCGUCGCGUUGUAAGCGAGAAAUUAGUGGUGAGAGUAGUCAAACAUCAACUAAAAGCCGACUCAAGUUCCUGGUGAAAUGUUGUCUCGAUGAUGUCUUCUGACAGCUCAACCGGGAUGGUUCACAUAAAAAAAGAAGACGAGGUUAGAAUUUGUCGAUCAACUUCAGACACUCUGGUGGUAUCAGCCACAUUGGAGUCUGAAUAUUGUGAUACAAAGGCCUUCAUCGAAAUGGGGCCUCACUCGCCAGGAAGUCCUGAUCAACAGCAGUUCUGUUCUUCUACAACUCAAUCACUGGGAGACACAAUACUAGGCCAUAUAGAAGAAGGUAUAAAAGAAGAAGAUCUUCCUCGAAGGCUGUGCUUGGUCUGCGGCGAUGUGGCUUCUGGCUUUCAUUAUGGUGUCGCAUCCUGUGAGGCUUGUAAAGCCUUCUUCAAAAGGACUAUUCAGGGUAACAUAGAGUACACGUGCCCGGCGGCAAACGACUGCGAGAUCAACAAGCGGCGGCGCAAGGCGUGCCAGGCAUGUCGCUUCCAGAAGUGCCUGCGCAUGGGCAUGUUGAAGGAGGGGGUGCGCCUCGACCGCGUGAGGGGGGGCCGCCAGAAGUACCGCCGCAACCCCGACCAGCCCUACUCCGCCCUCCAGCACAACUACGCCUUCAAGUUCCCUGUGCCCUUAGAAGAUAAUAAAAUGCUAGAAAUGUUGACGACGUGCGAGCCGGAAGUGCUGAGCUGCCUCCAACCCACAAACCAAACGAAUGACUCGAGUUCGCCCGGCCUCAGUAUAAUCGCCAUGCUAAGCGACCUCUACGAUCGCGAACUCGUUGGCAUUAUUGGAUGGGCCAAACAAAUUCCUGGUUUUACGGAUCUUACACUAAACGAUCAAAUGCGGUUGCUACAAAGUACCUGGGCCGAAAUCCUGACGCUGAGCCUCGCUUACCGCUCACUCCCCCACACUGGCAAACUCAGGUUUGCCGCCAAUUUCAGCCUCGACGAGAGACAAGCAAAAGACUGUGGAGCUUAUGAGGUCUACCAAGUGUGUGUACAAAUAAUUGAAAGGUUGGAAAGGCUAUCAAUAGCGAAGGAAGAGUACUUUUUAUUGAAAGCACUUGUUUUGGCAAAUUCUGACGUACGACUGGAUGACUUCUCAUCGUUGAAGAAAUUCAGAGACUCAAUACUCUCAGCACUGACUGACUGUGUCACAUUUAUAAGGCCAAACACAAGUACAAGUCACAUGCAGAACCUGUUGCUGUGUCUGCCAGCUCUACGCCAGGCCAAUCAGACGGUGCGCCGCUUCUGGGUGGGAGUGCAUCGCGACGGAAACAUUCUCAUGAACAAAUUAUUCGUUGAAAUGUUGGAAGCCUGCAUUCGGUAAGCCAGCCUGUCAGCAAGCCCAGCUAACGCCUUCCGGGAUGCCUUCUCGUUUCACUCAAUUUAGUAAAUUAUUAGGAAGCUUUAUGCAAAGUACUUCUUCGAGAGACCAAAUCGAUCGCUGUCAUACAACUAUCAUCGUCAUUAACUGUUAUUAGCCUUUUUUAUUUUGAUAAGUAUGUAAUGUCAGCAGGUGUACCGCCAUAUUUACGAAUUUCAAAUUCGCAGGUCGAAAAUAUUAUUUUAAUGUGUAGUAUUUUUAUUUUAUGCAUUCACAAGUUUUACAUAGUACUCCUGCUGCGUUACAUGCCUUUUAAUAUAAUCACAAUAUUUAAUAUUGUGAAUGUUAUUUUUAGAUGUGUAUAUUGUAGUGAUAUUUUGUUACCUAGUUGUAAAUUACAUAGUAGUGAGCUAUAUAUUAUGUUGAGAAUAGUUAUGAGAAUUCAUGUUUGCGAAUUGAAUUGAAGUUUUAGUUUACAGUAUCGGUUUUGAAUUCGGAAUUCUAAUUCUAUAACUUUUUAAUGAUGUCUGAUACGUAAUCAGUAUCAUUGUAUGAAGCAUAAGCUUAUCCAAAGUUUACAUUUCAGACGUUGUUGAAGCAAUUUAAUUUUUAGAGGGUUCCAAUAGAAAAGUCUUAUUUUCGUGUCUAAGUGAGUUUAAUUUAUUUUAAGGGAUUUUUAGUCUCUGAAAUUGUAUUGAAUUUCAGAUGGCUUAAAUGUUUGUGGAACUACAUUUUUUAAAGUAGCAUAGCAAGUUUUAUCUCUUUUAAUCUUUUUCAAACACAAUAACAUGAACUUUAAGCUCAUUUACUUUCAAAUAAUAUUAUAAGUCAUCAAUUUAUUCGUAUUAUAUCAUCUUAUUCAUUUAUAGCGAGAUCUUUGUAUCUAAAGUCCAUUUUCCCCUCCCAUCUCCCUCCACUGAGCAUCACAAUUCAUAAAGUGUUCAUCUUCAAUGUUUCAUCAUAAUGUUCUACUUAUAAGAAGUGGGGUUAUAUUGUGUUAAUUCUAAUACAUGCAUUAAUUAAAAUUCAUCCCUUUAACCUUCGAUAUCUAGGUUGAUUUAUAUACCUUUGAACUCUCUACUUCAAACCUUUACUUUGUAACUUCUAUUUAUUUAUUUAUCUAUCUAUUUAUGUAAAAGUCUCAAACGUCUUCCUAGAAGAUUUUUAUUUCUUCACUUUAAAAAUUCAAAAGAGUUGUAUGUCAAGUUUAUGAAUUUUACAGAAAACCCAAAGAUCUAAUUUUCAACGCUCAUGUGUCAAAGCGUUUUAUUUUUUAAAUUAAAAAUUUGUCUUAGUUGGACUUGGAAAAUAAGAAAAAUGUUUAAAAUUAUCAAUGUAAUUAAACAUUUGUUCGUAUCUACUAUAGUGCCUUGAUCCUUGGCAAAAUCAAACAUCGAUUUGCGAUUACAGAAACAAAUUUUUGCAUAACGUUUACUUAGUAAUUAUAAUAUAGCUUUAGUCGUUGCUACCAAUUGAUUUUUUCGUCUUAAUAAGCAAGUUUUAAGCAAUAUUCAAAGCAGUGUAUUUUAUUAUUGAAACAUUUGAAUGUAAUCAAGUAUAUCAUUCAAAUUACUGGUUAAACUCACUAAGCUUAUUGACGCGCUUUGAACAAGCUUUCUCAUCUUUAGAAUUGCGAAUUCCACUUGUGCUGAGGAGAAAUGUUGCUAGGAUUUACGCACAAUAUUAUGCCGGAAUACUAAUUUCAAGCUGUGCAGUACGUUUUACCUUGUUUAGCAGAUUUGUUACAAUUUGCAGGAUUAGGAAUUAAGUUCAAAGAUUAUUUUUUUUAGAUGAACAUUUGAAUUGAAAAUAAAUUACUAUCAAUUUUAUUUCACUGUGAAUUUGCUCUUGAAUACAAAGAAAAAACUCUCUUGUGAAAAAUAUUCUAUUAUGAUUAGAAAAUUAAAUAUAUAAGAUUAUUUAAAGACUUCAAGUAUUAUAGAUAAUGCCUACAUUGAUGAAUUAUUGGCAAAUCCAAUUCGAUGCAUACCAGAAAAAUUGUGAAAUACAAAAGUUAUGGAACCAAUACAGGUAGCAGUUUACUAUCAUAUAUAUUGGUCUUCAUUUAUCUUGGUCUUUUGUCAUAUAUGCUUACUCCGGAUAAGAAUUUUAUCUCAUUUAUUUCUUUGUUGAAUUCUUACUGAAAUUUGCGAUUACUGUAUCGAUUCUAUCAUUUGUAAUAUAAGUUAUACCAUUGCUUAAACUUUUGUUCAGUUUAAUUUUUUUAAUAAGACUGAUAAAAAGUAUAAAACAGUUGUUCCUCAUUUUAUAGUGAUCAAUAAUAUUGACAAGAAAGAAUAUAGCUUUGGAACCGCUCAUUUUUAAAAGCCUUAUCGGGAAUGGUUUACAAUUCCUUUCUACGGAAUCUGCUUGACAUAUCAUAUAUGUCAUCUGUUGAAUUUAUUAUUAGAUCGUUUUAAUCUAGUUCGAUUGGUGUGUUGAUUGACAAUAGUUUAUUUGGCGAAGAAUGUCAAAUAGAACAAAUAAUCUUAAAUUGUGUCAUAAAAAUUGAUAUUUCCAUAGAGUUGGUAGAAUUCAGAUAAGGCUACACGUUCCACUCCAUAAUAAGUAGCUCUGAAUAUUGUAGAUUGCAGUAAAACUACUGAAAUAUUUAUUGAUAAUAGGAGAAAUAUGUUUACUGCAAUUCAUGAAAUUUCAUAAGUGAUGUUGAUUGAUUUUAGUUUUGUGAUUUGCAAGUAUUAAAUGCGACGUAACUUCCCAAAUCACGCUAGAAUUAUGAAAGUGAAUCUAUUAUGUGGAAAUUAUGCUUCGUCAUCUAAUAUAGAACUUCUAGAGAGUACCUACUAAUUUAUUACAUAAGAUGAUGUAUCACAUAAAUUAUGUAUUUUAAAACAAUAUCGUUAAUAUACAGUAUAUUAUGUAAAUGUUGUUGAUCAAAAUAAAGAGAUUCACGAUUUUUAGAGGAA